UUCUCAUCGCAACCCAUAAAUCUUUUUCUAUUUACUGUAGUUAAAAUUCUGCAGCCACAGACCUGUACAAAGUUCUAGCUUAGUAGGAAAAUAGAAGGUUUUACUUUCCAAGUGACAGGAACACUUAUUUUUAAUUUAUCAUUUAAUCAUUCUAUGGUAACUUUUAUGAUUUUUUUUUUUCAACUAUUGGAUUCUAGGAACAUUUACCAAAUUUUAAGCAAUUAAGAAACUGUAGAUUUUUGAGAGGCCUGUCCUUGUCUUGGCUGGAUUAUAUUUCUUCCUAGUAGUUUAUGUGGUGCUGUGCUUUGAAUAUGGGAUGAGAAUGUGUUGAUAACAAAGUGAUGUUGUAGUUGAGGCUGAGCAGUGAUUGCAGGGAAUCAAGGACUUUUCAGCUUCUUACAGUGCUCUGCCAGCAAGCACUGGGGGACUCAAGGAGUUGCGAGGGGUUGGGACCUGGACUUCUGACCCAAACUGACCACAGGGAUCAUGCUGGCCAUGUGGCAUCACACUCAGGAAUAAAACUAUGGAAGGGCAGUUCUGCUUAGAGACUGGCUGUGCUUCAUUCAGCAGGUGAUGAGCAAUUGUGCAAUACUUGUUAUGUACAUUCUAUUAGUAUUAUUAUGUUCCUUAUUUUAUCCUACUAAACCGUCUGUAAUCUCAUCCUUUGAUUAUUAUUUUUUUUCUCUCCUUAUUGAUUUUCUUUCCUAUCCCAGUGGGGCGGUGGGGUGUGAGUAAAUGACUGUGUGGUGCUGAUCUGCCUGCCAGGUUAAACCACAAUGCGAUGCAGGCGAUGCAAAUAUUUCUCAAAUUUUAAGAUUUUGUGAUUAAUAGUUAAACUUUUACAUUUUUUAUGACAGUAUAUAAAUAAGAGUAGAAAAUGGUUUCAGAAAUAAUUACCUUUUUCCGCAUUUUCUUUUUUCCAGCACAGAGACAUUCUACCCUUGAUGUUUUCAAGAAGCUGAAAACUCCACCUACUUUCUUUGCUGCAGCUAGACUUUCUACCAUGCUGAAUGGAAGUGAUGAAGUCUAUGCAAACUGCAUGCUAGUAGACCAGGCUGAAGAUUUAAAAAUGAACUACAUUCGUGGAGAUGGUAUUAGCAGUGAAAUGUGUCUGAAUCCCACCAGCUCAGUCCCAGUAGCGAAGAGCUCUUCAUCUCAUUCCCUUGAGGAGAAUGACAAGUAUAGAUGUGAUCCAAAUGAAGGAAAUCGGAUGUCAGUGAAAAAUGAAGGAAAUGCAGACUUAAGACCUACUGUUUCACCUUCUGAUCUGCAUGAAGCAGAUUCCUACCUUCCAUUCAAGACAAAUGAGUUUAUUAAGGAGCAGAGCCAACUUCAUGCUGUUAUGAAAAAGAAAAGGUAUGGAACUGACCUGAUAUUACAGCCAGAGUUAGAAUUAUUUAUGAUAACCUUUUAUUUCAAGGAGUGAAGCUGA